AUGAGCUUCUUCAUCGAGAAUUCCGGUCUCAUCGUCACUCAACUCCUCUACAAAAUGGCUGUUCUCAUCACCGUCUUGAGAUGGAUUCUCUCCUGGAUCUUACGCUACAGAUCCAGAUCUAGAUCCGCUUCUUCUUCCUCCUCUUCUCCUCCUUCGAUCUCCUCGCAGAUCAUCAAGGAAAGCCUCUCCGUGACGACGUUCCGUGACGCGGCGGAGAGAUCUCCGGAAUUGAUAAGCGACACGUGUGCGGUUUGCCUAGGGGAUCUGGAAGACGGUGAUGAGGUUAGAGAGCUGAGGAACUGUAGCCACGUGUUUCACCGUGAGUGUAUCGAUCGGUGGUUGGAUUACGAGUGUUGCGACGACGGAGAGGAAGAUAACCACCGUACUUGUCCUCUCUGUAGAACUCCGUUGCUUGCUGCUAAUACGUCGUCGUGUUGUGAUUGGCCGGCGAAGAACGAACCUAGCUGGGCCGUUGAACGGCUUCUUUACCUCUUUGGAGACGAUCUUCUCGUCUGA